UAGCUUCUCCCUCUGUCCAGCAGGUGGCAGUAAGGCGCCAUGACGCUGGACGCUGACAGUUUACAUUGCGGCGCCGAGGAAGUAGACGAGCCGGACGCUCCUCACAACAGACUGUUGUCGGUAGUUUCCCAGUCAUGGCCGCCACUAUAGACAGUUUACUGGAGGAGAUCUCCGCUGUUGAAGACCCUAUAGAAGAGCUGCAGGGUCUGAGAACAGCGCUGCUGUCUCUGCCUGUGAGCGCCCUGAGAGACGCAGUGAGCGGGACGCGCCUCGACGUCAUUUUCUCUCUGUUAAACUCGAACCACAGGGAGCAGGUCGAACUGUGCGUCGACAUCCUUGAACGCGUCCUAAUGGCACUCAGCCCUGAGCACCUGGCACAGAAUUACAGAGUGGAGCUGCAAGCAGGUCUGAACCAUCCCGAUGAAAAAGUCAAGAUACUUGCCUUGGCACAGAUUGGCAGAAUGAUGGAGCACCCCGACGCUGUCACCAAAAUCCUCAACAACCACGACAUCCUUCGAGCGCUCAUCCACUGCAUUAGAGAUGAGAAAUUGGCUGUGGCAAAACAGGCCAUUCAGUCCCUUACUAAACUGAGUCACUCCAAGUCUGGAUUAGACAAAUUGUUCCACAGCGAGCUGCUGAAUGUCAUGAAGGAAGUGAUGGCCACAAGUGACAUUGUCAGAUACAGAUUAUAUGAGCUGGUGGUGGAAAUCGCAUCUGUUUCUCCCAUUUCUCUUGGUUACUGCGCCAGCAGCAGCCUCGUGUCUCAGCUCCUCAGUGAACUCACUGGAGAUGACGUUUUGAUCAGGGCCACAGCCAUAGAGAUGGUGACCAGUCUCGCCCACAGUCAGCAUGGUCGGCGGUAUCUGACCCAGCAGGGUAUCAUGGACAAGAUCUCCAACAUGAUCAGAGGAGCAGAGACAGACCCCUUCUCCUCCCUCUACCUGCCUGGUUUGGUGAAGUUCUUUGGGAACUUGGCCAUUACGGACAGUCCGCAGCAGGUUUGUGAAACCUACCCCGCCUUUCAGAACAAGGUGUUUGAGAUGGCUCUGGACCCGGACCCUGCGAUGAUCGGGGUGGCUCUGGACACUUUGGGUUUACUCGGAGCGACUGUGGAGGGAAAGCAGGUCCUGCAGAAAACAGGAGAAAAGUUCAGGACUGUGCUGUUAAGAAUGAGUCAGCUCGCCAGCUCCGGAGCUACGGAGCUGAGAGUGCGCAGCUUGGAUGCCAUAUCACAACUUCUCACUCUACAGCCAGAGCAGCAGACAGAAGAUCUUUUGGCCCUGACAGAGUCCUGGUUCCACCUUUUGUCUAAACAGCCCAUAGACAUGAUUCGCAGCAUCAGCACCCAGCCGUUCCCAGAGCUGCACUGUGGGGCUCUGGGGAUUUUUACUGCCAUUGCCACUCAGCCGUGGGGUCAGAAGCUAAUGAUCAGCACUCCCGGAUUCAUGGAGUUCAUUUUGGAUCGUUCAACGGGUCAGACUAAGGAGGCCAAAGACGCUAAGUUUGAACUGGUGGGGUCACUCUUGUCUUUGUCGACUGCAGCAGAGAUACUGGGCAGCCAGCAUUACAUCCGCCUGAAGACGUACCUCAGAGAGGGACCUUACUAUGUUUCAGCUGUGGCCUCAGUCAGCACAGAAGGAGCAGACUGAUUCACACAUACUCAGAGACAUUUCAUGGGUUUCUAUUUAAUGCUAACAGGUAACAGAAAAGUGCCUGAAUGAGCUAAACGUGGGUUGAAGACAAAUUUGUCUUCUCUGCUUGCUUCUCUUAUAGACAAUAAUCUAAUUUUCCAGUUUUUCUGACAUGAUGUAAAUUGAACCAUGCCUCUCCUUUAUUUUACUUCAUGAGUAAAUUUAGUAUUUUUCAGGAAAGAAAUAGUAUCCUCAAAGUGAAUGCAGAGAACAAGUGUAAGACAAGUACAAGUUUUCAAACUUAAUUGUUCAGUGCUCUUAAACAAAAGGCAAGACUUUGCAAAUAUGUCACAUUUGGCUUCAAAUGUGCAAUAUACUUGAAAAUGGGAAAUACUACAAACUUAAGGGACAGUAAUGUUCUGAUAUAUACUAUUGAAGGGGCACGCCACCAGUUUAUAUAUCAGGUUUAGUUAAUUUGUCUUUUGGAGUAUUACACAGUCAGCGGUUUAAUCUCAUCAGUUUAUUCUUGGUUUGGGGUAAGAGACUCCACAUUUUGCAGGUGGUGGCAUGUAGUUUGGAAGAUCUGGAUAAUUUGACAAUGGGUGGUUAAUGAAAGAUACAAGUGCUUUUUGAGAAAUGUCGGAUUUAGUGUUUUUGGAGCUUGACCUUUGUUGGAGACUACAAGUUCUGACUAUUUUCUAAAAAAUAGAUUAUUGCAGCAGUAUAACUUUUAAUACUCUUGACCCAAGACCAAAUGUAUAUAGUGAACUAGUGUUGAACAUUAAACCCAGAAAAAGAAUGUUAACA